UGGGAAGCACCAUCAAUGGCAAUUUUCAAUAUAUUUCUGACAAGAGGGAUAAAGUGUUCCAAAUCGAACUUUGGCAAACGCUUUCUGCAGAAAACCUUGGCGAUGGCAUCAAUGGCGGCGACGUGUCGUUUUACUGUUAAAGGCUUCGAGUCCAGGUCACUGUGCUCUCGUUCACCCUCUCCCCCCCACUUUCAUUCUCUUCCUACUAAUCGUCGGAGCAGCGCCGCCGUCUCUUCUCGAAAGCCUGAAAAUGUCGGGCUCCUCCGCAUUCGAGCCAUGAGCUCCGACUCAUCGGGUUCCGGGCCCCAAUUGGAAGUCACUGUGAAGAACACCAUUGCUCAGAACCCUGUCGUGGUUUACUCCAAAACUUGGUGCUCGUACUCUUCGGAGGUGAAAUCGUUGUUCAAGAGACUUGGCACGGAGCCGUUUGUUAUUGAAUUGGACAGAUUAGGUGCUGAAGGAUCACAACUGCAGAAGACUCUAGAAAAACUUACUGGACAACAUACAGUUCCCAAUGUCUUCAUUGGGGGCAAGCAUAUUGGCGGUUGUUCAGAUACUAUCAAGUUGUAUCAGGAAGGGGAGCUGGAGACUUUGCUAUUCGAAGCUGGUGCAAAAAAGUAAAGGUUUGUGAUCUACCACCACCCAAUAAUACGUCAUGGCUUCUCCCUGUAUCUUGUUCAUCUAGAGAGAGAGAGAGAGAGAUGAUUUUCAUGUCUGGUCUAUUUAGUACAGUUUUUUUCUUAACUUUGGUGAGAAUGUGCUUAACUCAUGUUUCUAUUUUUUCAAGUUCUCGAUCUCGAACUUUGACAAGAGUUGUAAUUAUAGUCCUCGAAUGAGAACCCGUCUGAAUAACCAUGCUGGAUUUUCGAUUA